AUGCCAAGCGAGUCCAGAAUAAUCGUAAGACGAUCAAGCCGUAGCAAACCCAGCAAGGGUAACUCAAGUCAAGACGAAGAGUUGAAGAUCCUGCUGAAGGCAUCGAGUAAACUACAGGCCAAGAUCGCAACCUUACUGAAUUCUCGAUCCAGAAAGGAUAAGUCAUCUGAGGAGGAGCCUUCUAGCAGCGAGUCAAGUUCAGAUUCAAGCUCCAGUGAUUCCUCAGACAAUGAGAGUUCUUCUGAUUCGAUCACGUCCUCAAGGACGUCAUUGAGCACAUCAUCCAACCGCUCACGUGUCGUCCGAGGGCAGCAGCUAGAACUACUACGCGAAGCAAGACAGCCAAGAACAUAUAUCGAUUACCACUCUACUAGAAGACUCAUCAAGGAAUUAAACAUUAAGGAAUCUUUCAACCCAAGACAUGAGAAGGCCUAUGAUGAUCAACUAGAUCUACUUGAGCGUCUGACCCGUGCCAAGGGCUUCGAGGUCAACUUACUACCUCAAGUAAUCACCAGUGUUGCGGAUGAUAAUGUACUGUAUCGCAUCAACAAGCAUAAACUACACAAAAUACAAGAAUGGCAGACGUUUAGAGAUUGUCUAGCCAAGAAGCUGUAUCCGUACAGUAACGAGAUCGAUGUAGUGGCUCAAAGUCUGAGUGAAACUGAAGAUCGGGAAGAUGCUGAAGAUCUAGUCAUGUGGUUCGAGAAGACGGUUCAACGUUACCACAUGCUCAGAAGACGUUGGAAGCAUCCCAAUGCGUUUCACUCCCAUCAGUUGAAGCAAGCUCUUUUAAACAAACUAUGUGCCCCGCUACAAGCUGAAGCCAUGAGAUCAGAUUGGCGUCAGUGGGAUCUAGAUCGAUUCAUUCAGUUUGUGUUAAAGUGUAAUGACGACCUAGCGAGGCGCCAGCGGAGAAGGAGUCCGAAGGUUGGACUGGUGGCGGCAGUACCUACCCGAGACAUGCCGAUGCAGGAUGGUACCCAACCCCUCCACAGCUCAGUUAGAAACGCGAUCAACAAAUUUAAUCAAAGCGAAGCGACACAAUUCUAUGAGGCAGGAGAAAUACCAGAAACACCAAGAGACUACGCAAGAAAUAAAAACCCUACCACUUAUACGUGUCGCUGGUGUAAGUCGCCACAACAUGGAUCUCGGGACUGUCCCACUAAGCCUACUUGUAAAGUUUGUGGAAAGAAGGGUCAUGACGAAAGUAGUUGUUACCGAGUGACCCGACAAGGAAAGUUGGCUACGCAACAGAUCACAUUUACCAAUACACCUCACGGCAUGGUGGUAAACAUGAAGGAAGACAGCUCCAACUUGGCGGUAUUAGAAGGCCUAUCGAAGUACUUUAAUGAAGCAUGUGUGCGUGUCAAGGAAGCGAAAUCCAAGGCUAUCGCCAGAAAAGCUGAAGCAACUACUGAGAAGCCAACGUUAACGGGUGCAGUUAAUGUCACUACGGACGAAGAAAGCGGAGGACUAUAUGGUAAAUUUAUGAUCGGUAAUACUGAUAUCGUAUGCCUAGUGGACCCAGGCGCGGACAAGAACAUCAUGAAUUGGAAGACACUAGAGAGUUUACCUGUUGAAUACAAGUGUCUAUGGAAGCCUAUUGAUGAAGGUAAAAUGUCUUUGAAUUUUGUACAAGGUUCAUGCCCAGUAACUGGUUCAAUCGAAUUACCAGUCACAUCACCGCUCGGUAAUGUAGAGAUGGAAUUCUACAUUGUAAAAGAAGCUCGUUUAAACAUCCUAGGUAACCCUUGGAUGAGGACCCUGAAGGCUGCCGUAUGUUUCAAGGAUGAUGAAGUUAGAAACGAAGCUGGAAAGCUACCCUUAUUCACCAAGGAAGUUAUACCAUACUCUGAUGUGUUCAAUGUUGAACUUUGGAGCGCAACUAACCGAUGA